AACCCUUUUCCCUUCUAAGAAGCGGGUGGUUGCCUGAGGACGAUGGAGCAGGGCAGCAACCGCUUGGAGGACUUCCCUCUCAACGUGCUUUCCGUCACUCCUUACACACCCAGUACGGCGGACAUCCAGGUGUCCGAUGAUGACAAAGCAGGGGCCACCUUACUCUUCUCAGGCAUCUUCCUGGGACUGGUGGGGAUCACGUUCACCGUUAUGGGCUGGAUCAAAUACCAAGGGGUCUCCCACUUUGAAUGGACCCAGCUCCUUGGGCCCAUCCUGCUGUCAGUCGGGGUGACAUUCAUCCUGAUUGCCGUGUGCAAGUUCAAAAUGCUCUCCUGUCAGUUGUGCAAAGACAGUGAGGAAAGGGUCCUGGACUCGGAGCAGGUGGCAGGAGGACAAUCAUUUGUUUUCACUGGUAUCAACCAACCCAUCACCUUCCACGGGGCUACUGUGGUGCAGUAUAUUCCUCCUCCUUAUGGCUCUCAAGAGCCCCCGGGGAUAAACACUGCCUACCUGCAGCCAAUGGUGAACCCUUGCGGUCUCACACUGUCUGGAGCAGCGGUGGCUGCCGCACCAAGCCCUCCUCAGUACUGCACCAUCUACCCUCCAGAGAACGCUGCCUUUGUUGACGACCAGGACGAACCUUCCUUCGUGGAUGGUGGAAAUGACAGGUCCAGCCCUGAGGUUGAGCAGCUAGAAGAGACACAGCUGGGACACGAGGACUCUGCCGGCUUCUCUCCUCCCCCCUAUGAGGAAAUAUUCUGCCUCCCUCGCUAGAGACUAUGAGGCUGAGGGGAAAGUAUUUAAGUUAUUGUUGCUGACAAAUGAAGUGCUCUAUGCUGUGACCUUCAGAAGUUAGACAGCAGAGCAGCCCAGGCUGCCUGGCAGAUACCAUUCAAAGGGGAGGGUGGGAGGUUGUGGGAAGUAAAAUGUCUCAGAUGGGUAAAAGUUAGGCUGGGAUGGACAAAUUCCUUUCUGGUACAGCUAGAAAUCUCCCACAUGCAGUUCAGGGGCAAGAAUCUCACCUGUUUAUCCAACACCCACCUCUU